UAAGAAAAAUAAAUUUUCAUGUUCCGAUAUCUGAAACAGUGAAAAAGUAUUUACAUUCACACGGUAAAAUAAUUACCGUGAGCGUCUGUUGAUAGUUUACGCUUGAGUACACAAUCUGGAUGAACUUUGCCUACAUGCUGCUGAAUCUGAUCGGUCAUCACUUGUGGAGCAAAGUCCAGGGUGACCUACUGUCAGGAAAGCUGACAUUGUUUUUGUUCGUCACACCAGUGAGAACAAGAGAAUCUACCAGAAUGGACACGACGUCCUCAUUGCUGAAGUCGGUCACCAAGCGAGUGUGGGCCGCGCCCCAGCGACCAUUCAGGGUGCGCAGUCACAACCGGGAGGCCAAGAAGGGCAUCACAGCCGGGACUUUGGAGGAACUGAAAGAGAGGGUCUGUCGGGCGUUGUCGCUUGUGUCUCUGGCGUCCUUGGUCUGCGAGGAGGACGGGACAGAGGUGGACUCGGACGACUUCUUGGCAACUCUGCCGGACAACGCCGCCAUUGUGGCCUUGGAGCCUGGACAGAUGUGGCGGCCGCCAUCGGGUGCGGCUGUCCCCCGAAGUCAAGACAAGCUCAAGUCCAAGACGGGAAAAGACAUCGCCAGUGUCACCUUGGACCUUUACAAAAUGAGCCCCAAGGAUUUGUUUGGCUCUCUGAGCGUGAAGGCCACUUUUCAAGGCUUGUACUCGGUCAGCGCCGACUUCCAGUGUCUGGGGCCCAAGAAAGUCCUCAAAGAGGCCCUGCGCGUGGCCUCGGGCCUCCUCAAUGCCGCCGGACACCUGCUCAUCACCUGUGCUUCCGUGAUCCGCCGCGUCAUUGAGGGCGUGGAGCUUUGGCAGCCGCCGCAGACCGCUUAUCGGAACUGAUCGAACGGGCUUGGUAUUGGAUGAAAAAAGGACAGCACUUGGACCUGCCAAGUCAAAGUGAAAGUUUCAAGUUGAUUUUGUACAUACGCCUGAAGCCAAACUCUUGUUGCAGGUCAAUCUGGGCUUUUGUGCUGCGUUUUUUUUUUUUGUAAAUAUCAAUCAUCACCAAUCAUUCAUAAAUGUUCUGGUGCAUUUAA